CCCCCUCCGCCCAACAGCAGCAGUAUAAUCUGAUGCACAGAGGAGACACAUCAGCUGCCGCCCGUUAUAUGCUGCAGGCAGCCCCGCACCGAGCCCAGCCGCUGACAGCACCGGGAGCAGAGAGCACCGCGGCUUGGACACCGGCACUCUACAGAACGGAAUACAGCGCUCACUAGCGGGAUACAGAUCCGAGCCCAGCAUCCGCCGGGGGAUCCCGGACUUCACCGGGGGUGUGAUGGAGCCGGCAGGGCCCGGCGGGGGUACCCCUCCCCCGGUACCGGUAAAGAAAAAGCUGAACCGCGCUCCGUCCCCGGCCCGGCCCAAGGAUCUGACCGGGUGGUCUCUGUCUAAGGCCCGUAGACCUUCUCCGGUCUCCCUAUCUAUCCUCCCUCCGGGGCCACGCCGAUCGCUCCUCUCUCCCGGCAGCAAGAAGCAGGUGGUGCCGGCGACCCGUAUGGGCGUAAAGAGCAAAGUGCAGGCGUCCCCGGGGACCCGGCGGGGAACGGACAGCAGCUCGGAGGGCUCCUGCGCCUCUGAGGAGAAUAGCAGCAGCAGCCGGGGAAGCAGCGAGGAGGGCGGGGUGUCUGGGGCCUCCAGCCGCAUCCAGCUCAGCACCUCUCUGGCCUUCUCCGACCUGACUGAGGACAUGCUGGAUGGUGGCACAGAGGGGCUCAUGCGGGAGAUGGAGGAGCUGCGAUCGGAGAAUGACUAUCUGAAGGAUGAGAUCGAGGAACUGAGGUCGGAGAUGCUGGAAAUGAGAGACGUCUACAUGGAGGAGGAUGUAUAUCAGCUCCAUGAACUCAGGCAGCAGCUGGAGCAAGUGCACAAAACAUGCAGAAUCCUGCAGUACAGACUAAAGAAGGCAGAGCGCAGGGGCCUGAGAGUGUCUCAGACAGGACAUGUGGAUAGUGAAUUCAUCAGCACCCUCGAGCAAGAUGUCAAGGUCGCCAAAGAUGUCUCUGUGCGUCUCCACAAUGAGCUGGAGGCAGUAGAGAAAAAGAGGAUAAAGGUGGAGGAGGAGAAUGAAGAACUGCGUCAAAGACUGAUAGAAACAGAUCUGGCCAAACAAGUGCUGCAGAAUGAGAUGGACAAGUCCAAGGAGAACUCUUUAAAAAAGAGAAGAUCUGGAAAGAUGGAAAAGAAACCAUCUCCUCAGGAGGACAGUGCAGAUAUUAAAUGCCAACUACACUUUGCAAAAGAGGAGUCUGCGUUAAUGUGCAAGAAGUUGUCAAAGUUGGUCAAGGAAAAUGACAGCAUGAAAGAAGAACUCAUGAAAUAUAGGUCUUUGUAUGGUGACCUAGACAGCUCACUGUCCGUUGAAGAGCUAGCCAACUCUCCAUAUUCCAGAGAGGCAGAACUGAAAUCUCAUCUUAAACUUGUUGAAGAGGAAGCCAACAUCUUGAGUCGAAGGAUAGUAGAACUUGAGGUUGAGAAUAGGGGUUUAAGGGCUGAGAUGGAUGAGAUGAAGGUUCAUGCUGACCGAGAACAUCUUGGUCAAGAUUCCAGAUUUGCUUUUCCACCUGGAGAAUCAAGAGACAAUUUUGUGGAGCUUAGAAGGCAUCUUCAGUUUGUGGAAGAAGAAGCUGACCUUCUCAGGAGGUCAAUGAUAGAGUUGGAGGACCAAAACAAGCUACUGAUGAAUGAACUAAAUAAAUAUAAGUCUGACCAUGAUUUGGACAUAACCUUGUCAGAGGACAGCUGCUCUGUCAUCAGUGAACCUUCUCAAGAAGAACUCGUCACUGCCAAGAUGCAGAUCAAUGAACUCAAUGGUAAGGUAAAAAAACUUCAAUAUGAAAAUAGGGUGCUUCUUUCAAAUCUUCAACGCUACGAUCUGGCAUCUUGUCAAACCACAAAACCCUUAAUGGAAACCGAUGCAGAGGCAGGAGAUUCAGCACAAUGUGUUCCAACACCUCUUUGGCGUGAAGGACCAGUAGGUGGAGAAACAGACUCUACAGACUCAAAAGAACGUGCUGUGAAGGCAACUCUUAAAUCUCCAGAUGCUUGUAACAAUUCCCCAUCCAGGUUACCAAAGAUUAAAGAAUUGGAAAGUCUCUUUGGCAUUAGAGCGCAAGUGGAAUUAAUCAGUAAAGCUAUUGAGGUCCUAACAACUGAUGCAAAUGGGUUUCUUUCUGGUAUUAAACUUUGUACAGAUAAUGAUUGUGGAGACCUCUUGCUAACAGAGGCUAUUGAUAACAGUGAGGUAACAAGUGACUCAAAACUGAUUCGUGCCAUAUUUACCAGACUUGUGGUGCUACAGCAGGAACUUAAUUGCUUUACUAAGAAAGUGGAUUCUUUUGGAGAGUUUUAUAAAGGACAGGUGGAUUCUUUAUCAAUACAGCAAGACUCUACUUGUCCAGUUACCUCAAAAGACCCUUCCAGAAAAGAACACUGUGCCACUAUACAGCAGACUGAGUGUAGGAGCUGUCGAGAGAAGGAGGUGUCUUGUUGGGAGAAGACUGAAAUUGAUCACAAUAUUGACCAGACAAAAGGCUAUAAAACCUAUCAACCAGAAGACAAUGAGUCCUAUGUCGCAGAGAUUAAAGACUUGCAGCUUGUGCUGUCAGAGGCCAAUGAGACCAUGCAGGGGCUGCAAGAACAGCUGUCACAGGAGAGACAAUUACGGAAGGAAGAUGAGGAGACCUUCAACCAGAAGAUUGCACAGCUGAAGGAAGAUCAGCAGAAAUUGCUCCUGAGACGAGAGUUUGAGCUCCAGAGUUUGGGCCUCCAGAGAAGGCUUGAGCAGAAGUUCUGGAGCCAGGAGAAGAUGGUUCUAGUGCAAGAGAUGCAACAGUUUAGACAGAGUUUUUUCCUGACCUUCAUGAAGCUCAAAUGGUUUCUUCAGCGUUGGCGGAAUGGCAAAGUCUUGCAGAGUGAAGGAGAAGACUUCCUGGAGGUAAACAGUAUGAAAGAACUGUACAUGCUGAUCGAGGAAGAGGAAUUAAACCUUCCAGCCACGGAUUAUAAAAGCUGCGAUGGGGAAAUUUGGCCACAGAAUAUGACCAUAGAGUGUAUGAAAACCCUUUCUGAUGCAAAGAGAAUCCUGAAAGACCUCUGCAGUGAGUUACAGGAAGAGAGGAGGGGAAUGAAUGAGCUUCAGCAACAGUUUGCGAAAGCAAAGGCAGCCUGGGAGAUGGAGAGGACGGAACCGAAGCUGGAAUCUGGGAAGCACGGGAUAGAAAAGGCCUCUCCAGAUAUUAAAGCUGCUCUGAAGUGGGAGAGAGAGGAGCAUCAGCAUCUCCUGGCUGAGUCUUACAGCGCAGUGAUGGACCUCACCAAGCAGCUGCAGGUCAGUGAGAAGAACUGGGCCCAGGAAAAAGAGGAGAUGCUGGCUCGCUUCCAGCAAGAGCGGAAAGAAACCCAAGAGCAGAUUAAAGAACUGGAGAACAAAUUACAACAAAAGGAGGAAGAGUCAUGGGUGAGACAAGACCCAGAGAGGAGGAGCAGUUGCUGGAAAGAGGAACUCAAUGACAAGAUGCAGGACAAAGAUAUUGACUGUGACAUGGAUGCUAAUGGGACCGAUUUAAAGAGAACAAAGUCUGUGUCAUCUAUGUCAGAGUUUGAAAGUAUGCUGGAUUGUUCUCCUUUCAUUCCUGGAAAAACACACCCUGAUUUUGGGAACAACAAAGGGAUCAAAGGUUUUCUGGCCUCUCAGCUGCUAGUCAAUAGUUCCAUAGACUCUGAUCUCAGUCAGAAAAGUUGUAAAUAUAUGAAUGAUAAAUCCUUGUCUGAGCACUUGGCCAAGGACAAUUUGGUCAUCUCUUCUUGGGAUUACACAAUGGGUAAGGCCAGGAAUAGUGGAGAACCUAGUCACAAACAGAUACAAAGAAGUUACACUGCUCCAGAUAGAACUGGCAUUCGGAUUUAUUAUAGUCCACCAGUUGUACGCAGGCUGGAUGUUCCUUUGGUCCACAGUAAGGAAGAGAAGCUUAUGGGAGAGCCGGGAUUCCUAUUCACAAUGGCAAAGCCCAAGGAAACUGAAGUAUCAGAACGGUUGUCUGGUAAUUACUACAGUCGAUGGUUUUGCAAUUUCUCCCAAAAGCAAAGUGAACUAUUGGACAAAGAUACUCUUAAGGACUCUCAGGCAUCAGUUCGCGGGUUUCCAUCUUCAUUGGGUGAUUUUGAGAUAUCAGGAAAUAUGAGCGAUGACAUGAAAGAGAUCACAAAUUGUGUUAGGCAAGCCAUUCGCUCCAGUUCUUUGGAGAGGAAAACAAAGAGCACGUCUAGCCAGACUGUUGGGCUCUCAACCGUUGGUGUUCAGACUGUGCAAAUGUUAAGUGUUGGUCUUCAAACUGAUCUACCUAGAACAAGCCUGCACGCAAAGAGUUGGUCACCAAGAGGGUCUUCUCUGCUAUCUACAAGGAGCAAACAUAUUUCAACAUCAUUAGACAAAGUCCACUCUCGAAUUGAGCGGCCUUGCUGUUCUCCAAAGUAUGGCUCUCCCAAACUGCAGAGAAGAUCAUUGUCAAAACUAGAUGGUUCCAAAGAUCGAAGCCUGUGGAAUCUUCACCAGAGUAAACAAAAUGGUUCAGCCUGGGCAAGGUCUACAACAACUAGAGACAGCCCAGUCCUAACCAACAUCUACGACGGAACAUCCAGCCUCUUUAAUGUGGUGGAUCAUGCUGGAAGUACAGAGUCUCUGUUUAAGACAGGUCUUCCUGAAAGCAGAAGUAAAGCAGAAGCUCCCAAAUAUGGCAUAGUGCAGGAGUUCUUUAGGAAUGUGUGUGGCCGUGCCACUCAGAACUCUAGCGCAAACGUUGAAAAGAAGGAGGUGGAAGAAAAUAAUAAAAGACCCGAUAACCAUGACCAUUGUUCAUCAGCUGUGUGUCAUCCAUCCUACAAUGUUUCUAAACUGCUGAGCAAGAAAACACCAAGGCAACAUGUCAGUGAUGAACAGAAGCCUUCUCCUGCAAGUCAGGUAGCUAAGGAUGGAAGCCCCAAGGACCCUGACAUAAUUUCCACAACAGCAACUGAAGACUUGGCCUGUAAUUGCAGCUCACAUCCUGUAACAUCGUGCUUCUCCAGACCGUCCCGGACCCUCUCACGCCAGCCCCACACCAGGUGCCAGCUCCACCAGGAACCAGCUGUUUCUGAGGAUAAAGUGGUAACUGGUUACAACUGAGGAGGUUCCUGUAUUUUCUACUUUCCCACGAUGCACUUCACUUUCCUGCGGCUAUUGUAAAUAUGCGCUCAUAAGGAAGGACACUGAAUCACCCAAGAUAACAUGAAUAUAUACCUUCAUUUGUGUACAUAGGAUAGCAAAGUAAAUAUGCUACACUUAAGAUUACCUUAUUUCACCGUCCCUGCUGGAUGCUAUUAUAGCACUUAACCCCUCUUUGAUAUGAGUACCUUACGUACGUAGAUAUACAUAUACUGCUCACUGGGCAAUGUAUGUAUAUGUAAAAUAUCUCUAUAACUAGGAAUUACUUUUCUGCCAGAUGGACUCAUCAGAAAAAUGUCAGUGGUAAAUAUCUAAUUUGGACUUACCUGAAUUUGGACACAUUUAUGUCCUUUAUUUAAACCAAACUCUUAAUCAUUCCUCUUAUUACACAACGUGGUUAUUCAGCCCUUAUUGUCUCACAAAUAUACUUUAUAUAUACAUGUAUAUACAAUAUACUGUAUUCAUCACAGCGGUACUUAGCGAUCUUACUGUCUGGCUGUAAAGUAGAUCUAUAAUUUAUAUAGUUAAUUUUUUUAUUUAAUAUAAUGUUCAGUCAAUCUUUUUGGACCAUGAUCCACACUGGUCAAAGUAAUAAUAAUUAACAUGAGAAUUUAUUUAUUAACCAGUAAAACAAAUGUACAGUGUAUAUUGCAAAGUAAAAAUACCUACAUUAUUUUGGUAGUGCGUCUUAAAACAGAGUACUUUGUUUAAAGCUGCAACAAAACUGGCUUUGGGCAGUGACACAGCUGACCGGAGUGUAAUAUUGGAAAACAAGGCAUUUCAUUGGUUGAUUUCUAGAAGUGUAACCCAGCUUUUAGUGAAGGCAUUUGGGAGUAUUGUUCAAGAGAGCGAAAUAUUUGCCUAAAGCAAUGGGAACACACAAAGCCUGCCCCUGUCAAUAGAAAACAUUCUGAAGGUAUGAAUAUUGGUUUAAAAUACUUGCAUUGUGUAUAUAAUGUGUAUACAGUCAUUUGUUGGUCAUACUAAAAGGCAAUGUUUUAUUGCUGAUUUAAAAAUUUUUUCCAUUUUGUAUGCGUGUAUAUAAAAACAUACAUACAGUACAUACAUAUAUCUCACAUUACAUUUGUGAGACUCAUCAGAUGGCAUUAUGAUGCAGGCACUAAAUUGUUUGCGGACUCGCCAUAUACAGUACAGUGAAAGAAUACUGUAUCGUACCACUCUGAGGUAAUUAAAUCACUAGGACGAGGAGCAAGUAGGUAACCGGUGAUGCAGACCACUGGUCUAGAUGUACUGUACCAUCUCAGUUGAUGUCCUAUUUCUAAAUCUGUCUCUUGGAGUCAAUAAUGAUAGGCACAGGUUCCUUCUGAUCUGCAUGAGUGAUGGAAGGAGGGGUUAGUUUACAGUGGGGUAGUUGCCUGCAUAGGGGAGACAGGAGUCUGUGGGUUCCACGGUUAUCCAACCAAUCAAAUUAUAAGGGAUUAGUGACAUUACUGAGAUAUGAAGUCUGGGUGUGUUUUACGCUUUCCCUUUAGUUCUGUAAGGUGCUAUUAGAGGACACCCACUGCUGUAUACAUAUUUCUGGACCAUGGCACAUGCUGUCAUUAUGUUUAAUGCGCUAAGUGAAUAUAAUUUUGUUCUGCAACUAUACAUUUUAAGCUCAUGCUACUACAGUACUAUGUUGUACACUCCUUUGUCUCUGUGAAUGGUAGCAUACACUACCAUUCUGUAUGCACCUCUUAUCAGUGUUCUCUUACACUGCUAUUACACUACCAUUCUUUAUACACCUAUUCUGUGAAUGUUAGUUUACACUGCCAUUUUGUGUAAUCCUCAGUGUUAACAUACAGUACACUGCAACUCUGUAUGCAUCUCCUCUGAACAGUGACUUACACUACCACUCUGUCUGACUUCCUCCCAGUGUUCUCAUAUACUGCCACUCUUUAUACACCUCCUCUGUGAGUGUUAGCUUGCACUGCCACUCUUUAUACACCUCCUCUGUGAGUGUUAGCUUGCACUGACACUCUUUUAUACACCUCCUCUGUGAGUGUUAGCUUGCACUGCCACUCUUUAUACACCUCCUCUGUGAGUGUUAGCUUGCACUGCCACUCUUUAUACACCUCCCCUGUGAGUGUUAGGUUGCACUGCCGCUCUUUAUACACCUCCCCUGUGAGUGUUAGCUUGCACUGUCACUCUUUAUACACAUCCUCUGUGAGUGUUAGCUUGCACUGCCACUCUUUAUACACAUCCUCUGUGAGUGUUAGCUUGCACUGCCACUCUUUAUACACCUCCUCUGUGAGUGUUAGCUUGCUCUGCCACUCUUUAUACACCUCCUCUGUGAGUGUUAGCUUGCUCUGCCACUCUUUAUACACCUCCUCUGUGAGUGUUAGCUUGCACUGCCACUCUUUAUACACCUCCUCUGUGAGUGUUAGCUUGCACUGCCACUCUUUAUACACCUCCUCUGUGAGUGUUAGCUUGCACUGCCACUCUUUAUACACCUCCUCUGUGAGUGUUAGCUUGUACUGCCACUCUUUAUACACCUCCUCUGUGAGUGUUAGCUUGCACUGCCACUCUUUAUACACCUCUGUGAGUGUUCGCUUGCACUGUUACUGUGUAUGCACCUCCUCUGGAAAAACUGAUUUACACUACCACUCUAUAUGGGUUGGGGAUGGAAUCCCGGCGGCCGGGAUCCCGGAGGUCAGCAUACCGACACCGGGAUCCCGACGUCACAAUGUGGGCAGUGGGGCGAGCGCUAGAAAGUCCCUUGCAGGCUCACUGUGCUCUCCACAAGUUCUAUUCCCACUCUGUGGGAAUAGCCAUGGCGCAGCUGUCGGCAUUCUUGGCGGUCGGGAUCCCGACGAUUGACCACCGGGAUCCCGACUACCGGGAUAUUAACUGCAUCCUCUCUGUAUAUCUUCCUUCCAGUGUUAGCAUCCGUUGCAUGGUAUCCGGUACAUAGGACGACAGUCAAUAGGUCGACUUUAUAUGGUUGACAUGGUCAAAAGGUCGACAGGUUUAAAUUAUCGACAUGACAGUAGUCGACAAACUUUUUUUCAUUAUUCUUUGCAAUUUUUCAACUUUUUUAUACUUUUCCAUCCACGUGGGCUACGAUUGGGGAUGGUAGCCUGUGCCGAGCACCGUGGUAGCAGAGUGCAGCACCUUGCCCUAAGCGCAGUCCAUCCGAGGGGAUGCGGUACACUAAUUGGGGUUUCAUGUGAUAAAACCUACAAAUUCACAUCCAAAAAACAUUAAAAAAAACUUGUGUCCACCUUAUGUCCAUGUUGACAUUGUGCAUAUCGGCCUUUUGGUGCCGACCUUUUCACAGUUGACCUAUUAUAACAUAACCUGUUAGCUCACACUGCCACUCUUUAUACACCUCCUCUGUGAUUGUUAGGUUACACUACCAUUCUGUGCUCCUCCCAGUGUUAGCGUGCACUGCUACUCGGUAUGUACCUCCUCAGCGACUAUUGGCUUACACUACUACUCUGUACUACUCCUCUCAAUGUUAGCUCACACUUCUACUCUGUAUACGCCUCAUCUGUGAGUAUUCACUUAUACUACCAUUUGUAUACACCUUCUCUGUGAAUGUUAGCAUGCACUACCCUCUGUAUGCACCUCAUCUGUGGACAUUGGCUACCACUGCCACCGUGUGCACUACACCUCUUGCUGUUAGCUUACACUGCCAUGCUGUAUACGCUUCCUUCCAUUAUUAGUGUACACUACCACUCUGUGUUCUCCUUCUCAAUGUUUACUUACACUACAAUGCUAUACACUCCACUCCUUAGUAGUUUUGGCUCACUAUGUACAAUCUACAGGCUUUCAUUACAAAGCCACUUUAUAUUUUCCAAGUAACAUUAACUGACAUUACAAAAAUGAUCACACUUCUCUGCAUAAAAUCCUCUUCGCUUCGUCACUGCGCGCUCUUUGUCCGGGAAAUGUCAGCUCACAGUGUGUAUUUCUACUCAUACCAAAUAGUAUAAUAACUUCAAAGAUGUACAAUAGAUACUGAGUUUUGAGCAAUAUGUGUAAAUUUCAGAAGACAAAACGAGGGGGGGGAGCACGAAAACACUGCAGUCCUUUUAUUUCCUUGGUAAUGUUAGUGCACAUUGCUCUCCGUAUUCUACCUUUCAAUCUUAACACAUUAUUCCUCUGUGCACUUAUUUUCAGGGUGAGAUUAAUUUACACAAUCCCUUUAUACAUGUUAGCUGACACCACCACUGCUCCUCAGGACAUGCACACUCUCUACCAUCCACUCAGUGAUUUAGCAUACACUGUUAAUACAAGGUAACUAUAAUGUAUGUAUAGAACACUUACCAUAAGAAAAAAUUAGAUAACAAACAAUACAUUCAGAGAGUCAAAGUGGACAGGUUGUCUGUACACAGAAUAGGUUUCAACCAUUUUGUCUGUUGAACCAAUAUUCAGUUUGCUAGGGGCUAGAGCUCACUUUCCUUUAGUGAUGUUACUGGUGAAUUUAUAGGUUGCAUAUUGGUUCAACUAGUGGUUGCAUCCAGUGUUUGUAGAUACUACACAUGGGAGACAACAUUUUUAAAUGAUUGGGGGAGCUCCUAAUAUGACUGAAAAUGUCAUGCAUAGACAUGGAUAGGGACACAAAUAUUAGGUGUGCUCAAGCACUCAUAGAGCUGCUACCUAUGCAUGCACACAUUAAGUAUAAUCUGGCUACAGUAUAGGGGGUUUUCUAGAAAAGAGGAGGGAUGCAAAAUAGCCUUAACUGAGCUUUACAGGUUCUCUGGAUUUUAUAAUGUUCACUGCCAUUUUGUAGCCAUCUCUGCUUUUUUCUUAUUCACAAGAGUAAAAAAGUGGUUGUGUUUCAGUAACGUUGCAAACUUUCGUAUGCAUUUUUAUAGAAUUUACCUUUUGUAGUAGUUUUAAGCAUUUUUUAUGACUGAAUCCUCACUCCACAUUUAAUCAAAGGAAAAGGAAGCUAUCCUGCCUGAUAGAGACCUGCAAAAUCAGACCAUUAUUUUUUAAGAAAGCUAGAAAAUAGAUUUUAAGGCAUAAAAUUGGACAAAAAGGGACAUUUACAUCAGUAAUAUUCUAUAAAACCUUCAGUCAUUUCCUUGUAGAUAUUUCAGUGAACGUUUUCCCAUUCCUCCACUUUUUAUAGAUUAUUCCCCUUGGUGUUGUAAGAAAGAAGCAUUUGGCACUCACACUUGGGGUCUCAGAAUAACAGCAUUUAGUGGGCGGUAUCCAAUUAGCCGCAACAAUGCCGCAGCUGCGAAAAACGGAUGUUUAUCUCCGCCUCCCAAUUAAUUUAAGAAGAAAAAUCCCUGUUGCUCUUGUGAAAAUACAUAGGUCCGCAGCUUUUCCCAGACCAUAUGUAUUUUCGGGGCACUUACCGCGUAAAAAAUAGUCACAUAUAGGGGAUUUGGCAAAACCAAUUCCCUGCAAGUGCCGUCAUCGGGAGAUAAGCGCAGGCUAUCGGGGUUUAUAGGAUAGCCCCCGGCAAACCAAUUAGCCGCCGUAAUUAAUUGGAUACUGCUUGUGCUUAGAGAUUUCAUAACACAUCCAAGCACACACAAUGCACAGCUGUAUUACAGUACACAAUCUGUUCAAAACACAUAAAUAGGUAUAUAUUUACUUCCUCACUGAAGGAUUUUGUAUAUGUGUAUACUCUCUGUAAAAACAAAAAAACAUAAAUAUAGCCACAUACAUACAUAGGAAUAGACUGUCACUAGAAAUUGCCUGUAAAUAGGUGAUAAUUAUACUUUUAACUUCAAAUAGCCUGUAGUGAUUCUGACAUGCAUUUCCGCAGGGAAGAUAUUUUAAUGAUUUAUAUACAAGGAGCACGGCAUUUCAAUACAGCGCAUAUAGAAGAACAGGCUAGCAUUAUACUAUAAACCAUGUAUAUGUCUCUCCCAAUUAUGACUUUUGCAGGUUCUUCAUAAACAUUUACAUUUUAUGUCCUAUCUACAUAGCAGUGAGAUACUGAUAACAAUAAAACCUUGCUCGAUGAGGUUUGUACAGUAGAGGUUUUAUGGUGUCAUAUGGUUUGGCCUUCGUAGUCAUAGGCCGAUCUGUGAAUGCCUUAAUCUGCCUGGUCAGCUGCACUCUGACGAAUACAUCUUUUAUUACAUUUCCUGACCUAAUUCCACUCUACCAUGUAUAUAUUUAAUAUUUAUUUAUUUUUUAGAUUUUUGUUUUUUAAUUUUUAUUUCCCAUUGUGCAUUUUGUUUUCCCUUCUUUUUUUUUAAAUAAUUUUUGUAUCUUAAGCACACAGAUUUUAAACUAUAUGGUUAAAGUAGCAGCUUCAUAUUAAGUGCAAUGUUUGGAGAGGCGGGUGACUUAUAUUGGGCUAUAGUAUAUGUAAUGCAUGAAAAAAUGGACACCAGUAGGUUGGAAAAUUACCAUUUUGGAUGUAUAUAUUUGUUUUGUUUUCUUAGAACAUUUUCAAUGAAUUUUCUGCAUUUUUUUAAAGUGUCCACUUUUAGAUUGCUCCCUACUUUAUACCAAUGAAUUUUCAAGUUUUUGUAAUAGAAGUUUCUCAAGUGCACUUGUAAAUACCUAAAACAUGUUUCUAAUUCUGUGAUGUAAUUAGUAAAAUGAGAGCAAGCAAAAAAAAACAUCUUAAAAUUAUACAAAUUCCAACUAUCCGUCCGCUUGUGAUUGGAAACAAUAAUAUGCAUAGCAUUCAGUACAACAUUUUUACCUUUAGAGAUGUAUAACAUGUCGAAAUUGAAUUUCAGUUAUUUAAGGGUUAAUAAUUAACUCACUGCUGUAUGUGACUUAUAUUUGUUUUUUCCCCUCAAACUUGUACUGUAUCAUCUGAUGUAAAAACACAAUUUUUUGAACUUGCUAUUUUUCAUGCCUUUUCAUUGCUAUUGCGUCUUUGUAUCUGUGUGUCAACUAAACUGUCACAUUUCCAUAAAUUAAACUGUUAAAAUAA